AGUACUGCCUCGGAUGCCAUUGAACAAGUUCUGCUUUAGAGUUGCCUCACUGUGUACAGCUUUGAAGAAAGUUUUUUCGGCUUCUAAAUCUUUCUCUAGUGCUAAGAUGAACUCAUUUCGCUCAUCAGUUUGGGACCCGUUGGAGCUGGUGAGCCAAAUGAUCUGCAUGCAGACUGUUUUCUACACGGCAGAAAGCGCUGCGUUGAUUGUAUACAGCUUGACUGGAUUCACGCCAACGCUAGCGCAUAUCUUCACUGCUAAGGCACUAAGAGAGAUGGUUGUAGUGCAGUUUAUUGCCAGUGUUGCAUGCGGUGUAGCGCUGCGAUAUGUGGUCCAACGUGCUAAGCAGUGUCUCGACUUCUCCUGCACAAUACAUGCUUUCCACCUCCUUUUUGUAAUCAUAUUCAAUCAUGCCAUACCGACGAAUCUGCUUUGGUGGGCUGUACAAAUUGGCAGCAUAGCGCAAAAUGGAGACAUCGCACUAGUGGAAGAUAGGACACCCAUCUUUUGUGAGCGUCUGAGCUGGUACAUGCCAGUCUAA